UGUCUUGAGGGGGAGCACUGAAAAAGUUGUCCCCAAGUAGGCGUAGGCAACAACAAUUCAACCAUGGCCGUGCUGAAAAGCCAAAUCUUCCCUCUCUAAUCUCCUUCUUUCCUCUGCUUUCCUCUAAAUGUCCAGAUGGUACCACCACCCAAGUACUCCGAUUUUUUCAGCUCGGCGAUUGAGGAAGAUCUUCUCAUCAUCACCACCACCGUGCUACCCUAGCCUAACCUAGAGGCCUUCAACCUCUGCUCGAUCGAUCUGCUGCUGCUUCUCCAAGGCGAGCUUCGUGAUCAAAGCAUGCAAGGAGGGGUAGCGAUGGUGGUGACAGUGAACGGCGGCAAUGGCAAGGACAGCUUCGGCAACAUGGCGAGGCCGCCGUCGAGGAGCCUCCUCCCCCUCAAGCUCCUCAAGCCGUUCCUCAUCUUCGCCGUGCUCGCCACCGGCUUCCUCGCCGCCGCCGCAGCCGCCCUCCUCCUCCUCGGCGGCGGCGCUGGCGCCUCCUACGUCCCCAACGUCCUCUCGGCAACGGCGUGGCAGCAGCAGCCGCGGUGCGCGCAGCAGCAGGAGGACGGCGGGCGGGCGGCGCUGGAGCGGUGGACGCGGCUACCGGCGGCGAGCGCCUGGCACAACAUGAGCGACGAGGAGCUGCUCUGGGCGGCGUCGAUGGAGCCGCGGGUGCGGCGGUAUCCGUACCGGCGGGUGCCCAAGGUGGCGUUCAUGUUCCUCACGCGUGGGCCGCUGCCAUUGGCGCCGCUCUGGGAGAGGUUCUUCAAUGGCAGCGGCGGCCGGGAGCUCUUCUCCAUCUAUGUCCACUCCACGCCCGGAUACAACCCCGACUUCCCGACAACCUCCGUCUUCUACCGCCGCCAGGUGCCCAGCCAGGUGGCGCAAUGGGGGCAGACGAACAUGUUCGACGCGGAGCGGCGGCUGCUGGCGAACGCGCUGCUGGACGGCGGCAACGAGCGCUUCGUGCUCGUCUCCGAGUCGUGCGUGCCGCUGCACGGCUUCCCGGCGGUGUACGGCUACCUGACCGCCUCCCGCCACAGCUUCGUCGGCGCCUUCGACGACCCGGGCCCGCACGGCCGCGGCCGCUACAGGGCGGGGCUGGCGCCGGAGGUGUCGCCGGAGCAGUGGCGCAAGGGCGCGCAGUGGUUCGAGGUGGACCGGUCGCUGGCCGUGUUCGUCGUCGGCGACGAGCGGUACUACCCGAGGUUCCGGGAGCUGUGCCGGCCGCCGUGCUACGUGGACGAGCACUACCUGCCGACGGUGCUGUCCAUCGAGGCGGCGGGGCGGAUCGCGAACCGGAGCGUGACGUGGGUGGACUGGUCGCGCGGCGGCGCGCACCCGGCGACGUUCGGCGGCGCGGACGUCGGCGAGGCGUGGGUGAGGAAGGCGGCGGCGGGGCAGAGGUGCCUGUACAACGGCCAGCCGUCGGAGGUGUGCUUCCUCUUCGCGAGGAAGUUGGCGCCAAGCGCGCUGCAGCCGCUGCUCGCGCUCCCGCCAACGCUGCUCGGCUACUAGAAUUUUUUUCUACUACUACUCUCAUCAGUUACGUAUAGAUGUACGUACUGUACGUCUCUCACUCAAAUGUCUACAUUAUAUAUACGAUGUAUACUCACAUCACAGAAAUUUUUUGAGCGGUAAUAUAUAAAAUUUUUUAUACUCCA